UAAGAAAAUCAAGCAAGUGCGCCGCCCUGUCUUCUCCUCAGACCUGCAGUUUGUUUCUUGUGCAAUGGACGGCCGCCUAGACGCUGACUUGUACCCCCUGGGAUCCGGCUACGUCCCUGAAAUCGAGAGUGUCCAUGACAUAUCAGUUGGCACAAAGAGGGGAUCCGACGAACUCUUUUCUUCCUGCAUAUCCAACGGACCCUAUAUCAUGAACGCAGCCAAUGGCAACGACAGCAAAAAAUUCAAAGGUGACGUCCGCAGCCCUGGUGUUCCGUCACGUGUGGUCCACGUACGCAAGCUUCCCAAUGACAUCAACGAGGCCGAGGUUAUUGGGCUGGGAUUGCCCUUUGGGAAGGUCACCAAUCUGCUGAUGCUGAAAGGGAAGAACCAGGCCUUCUUGGAACUUAACAGCGAAGAGUGUGCACAGACGAUGGUGAGCUACUACUCCUCUGUCACCCCCGUCAUCAGAAACCACCCCAUCUACAUGCAAUACUCCACCCAUAAGGAGCUCAAGACGGACAACUCUCCCAACCAAGUGCGUGCGCAGGCAGCUCUGCAGGCAGUCAAUGCUCUGCACGGUGGUGGGAUGGGAGGCAUGGCCAUUGCCACAGAUGCAGCGGCCAUGGGAGGAGCAGGGGGUCAAAGCCCUGUUCUCCGAGUCAUAGUGGAAAACCUCUUCUACCCUGUCACGCUGGAUGUCCUACACCAGAUUUUCUCCAAGUUCGGAACAGUGCUGAAGAUCAUCACUUUCACUAAGAACAACCAGUUCCAGGCUCUGAUCCAGUAUGCUGAUGGCAUGACUGCUCAGCAUUCUAAACUGUCUCUGGAUGGACAGAACAUCUACAACGCCUGCUGUACCUUGAGAAUUAGCUUCUCCAAGCUGACCAGCCUCAAUGUCAAGUACAACAACGAUAAGAGCAGGGACUACACUCGACCAGACCUCCCAACUGCAGAUUCACAGCAAUCUCUUGAUCACCAGACCAUGGCCGCCGCUGCAUUUGCUGCUCCAGGAUUAAUCUCGGCCUCUCCUUAUGGUGGAGCUCAUGCCUUCCCCCCGGGGGCUUUUGCCAUCCAACAAGGUCAGUUUCCAGGUCUGUCCAUGCCUGGAAUGCCUGGUGCCCUGGCGUCCCUGGGUAUGAGCCAUGGUGGCAUGGCAGCCGCCGCUGCAGCCGCCAGCAGGCUCGGCCUAUCAGGCCUCACUGCCACUGGGGGACACAAUGUCAUGCUGGUCAGCAACCUGAACCCUGAGAGCGUUACGCCACACUGCCUCUUUAUUCUUUUCGGUGUGUAUGGCGACGUGAUGAGGGUGAAGAUCCUGUUCAAUAAAAAGGAGAACGCUCUGAUCCAGAUGUCUGAUGGCACACAGGCCCAACUAGCUAUGAGCCACCUGAACGGCCAGCGGCUGCACGGCCGGGCCAUGCGUGUGACUCUGUCUAAGCACACCACGGUGCAGCUGCCCAGAGAGGGCCACGAGGAGCAGGGCCUUACGAAGGACUACAGCAACUCACCGCUACAUCGCUUCAAGAAGCCUGGCUCCAAAAAUUACUCCAACAUCUUCCCACCCUCUGCAACACUCCACCUCUCCAACAUACCGCCUUCAGUGGUGGAGGAUGACCUCAGGAGACUGUUCGCCAGCUCAGGAGCCACAGUCAAAGCAUUCAAGUUCUUUCAAAAAGACCGCAAAAUGGCCCUGAUCCAGAUGGGCUCAGUCGAGGAGGCAAUCGAGUGCCUCAUCGAGUUCCACAACCACGAUCUUGGAGAGAACCAUCACCUUCGAGUGUCCUUCUCCAAAUCCACCAUCUGAGUGCCUUCCCCGUCUCCCUCCAAAUCUGCUGCCACUUGAACGCUACUUCUCUCAAGUUCGCCUUCAGUGGAAAUAGCAACCACAACACAUCUGUGGCUGUGUUUCUGUGUAGAGCGUUGCUCCCGAGACCACAACUCUUAGUCAUUCCACAUCGUUAAUAGGUUUGGGCAUCAGAUUUGAUCCAGUCUGCUUAUUGAUUCCAGUCCUUAUUCCCAAUUCCAAUUUUAUAUAUAGAACAAAGAAGAAGAGGGUAAAUAAAAGACACCAAAAACUGAAAUUAUUUAGAAUAAGAAUAUUGCUAAUUAAGAAUAAAUCUGCUUGCUAUUACAUUAGUGUUUCACCGUAUUGUAGACAUUUUCAAGAGUCAUUAUUUCCCCCUGGCCACCUCUGACACUUCAAGUGUUUGCAAAAAAAGCUCCUCUCCAUAAUUAUGUAAACAUUCAGGCAAGAUUUAUCAGGUGGUGUCAACAAGUGUCUUAACUUUGAAUAGAUUCAGUUUUUUAUUCAAACUACUGUCUCCAGUUCGGAGCAGAUCCCUGGGGCCCAAACCUAAUAAUCGAGUUGUUCCACCAAUAAGUUCUGAGUGAGGUCCUACGAAAGGGAGCAACAUUCUGCAUCGAAACAUUGAAAGUAUAUCGGGAGGUGAAGUCGAGGAAGCUGAUGAACUGUCGCGUUAGGUCACAUCGCUUAAAAAUCACAGAGAAAAGACCCUCCACCGCAGAUUAUGUGGAUGAAUCGGAUCAGACACACUUCAGCAUUCCUUUCUACUACCAUAGUUGUGUCGAUAUAUCUGUGUGUGUGUGCCUUUUUGAAAUGCCACUUUGAACCUGUUCGGCCAGUCGGUAAUGGGUUGAGACGAGGAUUUUGUUUUUGGCUCACAGACCCAACAACUCAUUUCCCAGUUUUACGUUUUGGUUUUAUCUUCUCGUAACUUCCCACAUCAUUUCCUUUUUGGGGGAACCAUACCACUAUCUGAAGUUGUCCUUAAUAAGAGUAACAUUGGUCUUGUGCCUUACUUUGCCCCAACCAGAUUGCCUUAAGCAUUGCUCUGGCUUCAUUUCGAAAUCAUGUGGUUCUCAAAUUGCCUUUUUUCCCUCCUCCAUGCCUAUUUGGUGUGUACCAGCAUUUGUAAAAUUGGGGAAAGUGGCUUAAUCAUUCUAUUUCUUCUUAUGUAAGGAUUUGUAUGCAUAUAGCCUCAUCAUAUAUAUAUGUAGAAACUAUGAAUGUAUGUCAGUUAGAUGCCUAAUAUCCUUGCUAGGUGAUGUAGCUCUAUUAGGUGUAUUGUGGCAGGAGUGCAACGGUAUUCAGGCUUCCUGUCCUGCAGUCCCCCAUUCACCUCCUUUCAGUCCUCUGCAGGGCCGUGGGGGGGUGGCGGUGGGCCUCAUUUAACCAUAUUAUGUUCAUUUGUAUGUGGACGCGUAUAUAUUCAUUUAUCUUUCUUUUUAAAUGUUAGCAUUUACAUGUGUAUCACUUCUAAGCUUAACUGGUAACCUACAUGUAAGUGGCUGGGUUUGAUCAUUAUCACAGUGCCUUGACUGCUUGGGUCUUAAAUCAGAGGCUGAAACACUUGGUGGCCUGGUCGGUUGAUUUAGUCGUAUACCUCUAAUUCAACUGUGUGAUCUCACCUGACUGCAUAGAUGCCUUUAUCCCAUUCUAUUCAGGUAGCCGUACCUGUGAGAGGGCAGCUGGGAGGCAUUCGUCAUUUGAUAGCAACAGCGGUCUUGGACUGUGUCUACAAACCCAGUGUAUUUCUCUUAAAUUCAGGAUUAACAGGAUUACAGGGUGAGCCAACCCUCACCCAGCCCCUGUCUGUGUCCACCUACGCCACAGUCAGGUUCUCUAGUGCACUUUUCCUCAAUGAUAGGUCCAAGUUGGCACCGUCACGCUGAAGUCUUAAAACGUCACAUUCCUGCGUGCCUCAAGCACCAGACAUCACAGCCUGGACCACUAGUCUCGGACCAGAUACAGACACGCUCUGUCUCUAUUUUUGUAAAAGAUUGUUAUGCAUGAUUUAACAAAGCUUCAUGUAGCUGCAAACGGUUAUUGCUGUUAAGGACCAAAGUAUCUUCUAUCCCUGCUGUUUUUGUAGUGUUGUGAUUUCUUAAAGGGUUUGUCACAUUCCUGCUAUUCCACAAAAAAAAAAAAACAAGGCUUUGAUUUUCCUUGUUUCUGUUCCUCAGAACAGCUUGGACAAAUCACAGAGCUAGAUGAGUUUUGGGUAACAACGUAUACUGUACCCCUUCUGUUUGAUUGACUUUGCAAAGAAUCUAAUUUGGCUAGCACUCGCUUUAGAAGGGAUCUUUAAUUGAUCCCCAGUCCUAGCUGUGAUGUUGACAGUGUAGAUUAUGCCUUUCAGUUUCUGUUUAAAGCUUUUAUUUUUCUCUCCUUUUUUUAUAUGGGGGCGGGAUGGGGUUAUUGUAUGAAAGCGGGAUCGAUGGUUGUAUAUAUUCGUGUUUUUGUACCACAAAAUCAUUUGGAUUAUAUCCACUUUACGUUCAAAACAUGUAUAUUUUGAUAAGACAAUACAGACCGAUUGAGCUCUCCGGAGCUGUAAAAACAACAAAAAACUUUUGUAACACAAAGACAUUAAACCUAUCUGAACACACAGAAGUGUCUCUGUAUGUGCCCCGCUCCCCUCCCCCCCACCACCCCUCGCAAUUCUGUUCUUGUCUCUUGCAUCUUCUGCUGCCUUCAAUAAAUCUUUAGUUUGUUCCCUCUUUCA